AUGGAAGAUAAUUUUUCAUUAGUUUAUAAUUAUGGUAAUCUGACAGACGAUCCACUAUCUAAUACUCAAAUUAUUAUCUGUUCAAUUAUAUUAACACUAGCAACGUUACUAUCGUUAAUUGGCAACAGCUUGGUGAUUACAGUUAUUAUUCGUAAUCGUCCACUUCAUACUAAUGCUGGUAUGCUUAUGGCUAAUUUGGCAGUGGCCGAUUUUUUAGUUGGUUUAGUUAUCAUGUUUCCUACCCUAAUUGCAUUUAUAUGCCAAAAAGAUAUUUACCCUCGGAUUGCCUGUGUUGCUCAAGGAUCAGCAAUUACAGUUUUAGUUGGUGCUUCGACAGUGACUAUAUUAGCAAUUACUGCUGAUCGUUUUAUCUCCAUUUUUCUAUCCUUGCGUUAUAAUUCAAUAGUAACAACAGCUGUCAUUAUUGGUACUAUUGCUUUCUCAUGGCUAUUUGCUACCGUGGCAUCUACUAUUCCAUUGCUUGGUUUACAGAAAUAUGGCCUCGGUCGUUAUGAAUUUCUUCAUGGAAUGUCCUAUUGUUGGUUAGAUCCAUUGCAAGUUCAACAGAAUAACGUUAUAAUCUCUAUAAUUGGUUUCUACGUUGUCUUAGAAAUAUUUAUUAUUACUACAUGUUAUUUAGUCAUCUUUAUUUAUGCUCGCCAAAGUGUACGUAAAGUAAUUCAUUUAAGUGUUGGUGAUUUACCUAAAGGGCGGCCUAAAAUAACCAAAACAACGAAAACUGUCAUGAUUGUGGUAGGUGUAUUUAUGUUUUGUUGGAUGCCGUCAUUGGUCAAUAAGUUCCUAAUUAUAUUCAAAGUUAAAACAUUAUCCUUAUCAGUUCGAUUAAUCUUCACAUGGCUAACAUUUUUCAAUUCGGCUGCAAAUCCAAUCAUCUAUAGUAUAUUUAAUCGUAAUUUUAUUACUGGUGUACGUAAUUUGUUCAAGAAAAGUAUGAGUGAAAGAUCGAUUAUAGUGUCUAUGUCGGAGCGGAGAUCAAGAUCAUUUCGGCGCCGUUCUCUAUCAAUCACUAAAUUUAGGAACUCGUUACUUCCAAUGCAUAGAAGUAAUACUGUCCAAGAUGUUCGCUUUCCAUCUUGCAAUCAAAGUUUACAAGUUCCUAAGAUUGUUAUUGCCAAAAGUAAAUCUACUGAAGCUCUUUUUAAGCGCCGACGUGAUAAAAUUGUUAUUCAUGCUACAUUAAAUGAAGUUCCCAUCGAGAUUGAAGAUGUUGCUUAG